AUUAAACUCAGAAGACAAAAUUCUAGGGUUUUCAAGAUCUCGAAUCGUUCCGACUUUCAAAUCCUUUGAUCUUCGAAUUCGUCUGAAAACAUGCCUCAGAGACACUCAAAGAACAACAACGAUCUAGCAUACUUCACGUACGACGAGAAGAAAAAGCUAGGUUACGGCACCCAAAAGGAGAGGCUAGGUAAAGACUCCAUAAAACCCUUCGAUGCUUGCUCUCUCUGCUUGAAACCCUUCAUCGAUCCGCUGUGCUGUCAAAAAGGUCACAUCUUUUGUAAAGAAUGCAUCCUCGAGUGCUUGUUGUCCCAAAAGAAAGAUAUACAAAGGAAACUAGCGGCCCACACUUCUCAACUAAAACAAGAACAAGAUGAAGAAGCCGAGAAGUUAGCCCUACAAAAAGCCAGAGAACUCGACGCAUUCGAUCAACAAAACCACGGCGCCCUCCCACAAUACAGUGACAAAAACAUCAACCACGACCGAAACGGCUUUCACGGAGCAAACAGUGUCAAAACCACAUCUUACGAAGAAGAAGCACUAAGAACCAUGAAAGCAUUCUGGCUACCAUCCGCUACACCCGACGCUCCGGUCAAAGUCAACGCCCCAUCCACCUCCACAACCUGCCCCGAAGGUAAAGAAAACCUUAAAAUGAAAUCCCUUUUCUCUAUUCACUUUACCGAAGACACAAACGAGGAAAAGAAAGGUUCGGCUUUGGAUAAAACAUAUAUCUGCCCUAGCUGCAAGGUGACGUUAACGAAUACGUUGUCGCUUGUGGGUUUAAGUUCGUGUGGGCAUGUGUUCUGUAAGAAGUGUGCGGAUAAGUUUGUGGCGGUUGAUAAGGUUUGUUUAGUGUGUAAUAAGGGGUGUAAGGAGAGGCAUUUGAUUAAUUUGGUGAAAGGUGGAACUGGGUUCGCGGGUCAUGGGGAUAAUCUUGAAGCGAAAGAUUUUAAGCAUUUGGGAAGUGGUUCCGGAUUAGGGUUAGUGAGGCCUGCACAGAAAACAUGAUUUUUGGCGUGUUUGGUGUAUAAUGGUUACCGGAGCUAUUGUCUUGUUGUUCGCUCGGACUAUCUUUUUUCUUGCAUAAGGAUCUUAUACUUAAUACAUUGUACUUGUUUCGGUAUGUUUCCCCUAUGAAAUUCGUUUUUGUUACAACUUGCCUAACGGUUGAUUUUGAUUGUUUCGGUAUGUUUCCCCUAUGAAAUUCGUUUUUGUUACAA